AUGGACUCUCAGUUGGCCUUCCUCAUCUUGAGCCUUUCACCGGCCAAAGCUUUCAACCGGCUACGGGCCAGGCCUUGGGCCCAUUUCGGCUACAGAAUCUGCGAAGAGGCACUGUCGGCCCAACAGCACAGCAUGGCAGGGACGUUCACCCUGGGGGUGCUGGGUCCCUGGGACUGCGACCCCCUCUUUGCUCAGGCCCACCCGAGAGUGGCUGCCCAGCUGGCUGUGGACAGAGCCAAUCAGGACCCCACACUGUUGCCAGGCUCCUGGCUGGCGUCCGUGGUCCUCCCUACAGGCUGUGACACUCCUCGUGCCCUGGCCACAUUUCUGGCCCACAAGAACACUGUAGCUGCCUUUGUGGGCCCUGUCAAUCCUGGUUACUGCCCUGCGGCAGCCCUGCUGGCCCAAGGCUGGGGCAAGACCUUGUUCUCCUGGGCAUGCGGGGCCACAGAGGGAGGAGGGGAGCUGGCGCCCACCUUGCCUUCCGCUGCUCACGUGCUGCUGGCUGUUAUGAAGCACUUUGGCUGGGCUCGCUCAGCCAUUGUGUCCUCUCACCAGGACAUCUGGGUGGCCACGGCCCAGCAGCUGGCCAUGACUUUCAGGACACAUGGGCUGCCCGUGGGGCUGGUGACCUCCCUGGGGCCUGGGAAGCAGGGGGCCACGGAGGUCCUGAAGCAGCUCUGCAGCGUGGACGGCCUGAAAGUCGUGGUGCUGUGUAUGCACUCAGCAUUGCUGGGGGGUCCGGAGCAGACGGCCCUGCUGAGCCAGGCUUGGGCUGAGGGCCUGGCGGACGGGAGGCUGGUCUUCCUGCCCUAUGACACGCUCCUCUUCGCCCUCCCCCACCACAACCACUCCUACCGGGUCCUGGACGACAGUGGGCCCCUGCGGGAGGCCUACGAUGCAGUGCUCACCAUCAGCCUGGGGUCCAGCCCUGUGGAUGAGGCCCUCACCGCUACCGGCCUGAAGCCAGGGCAGGUAAGAAUUCUCUCUUCCCAGGUGUCCCCACUCUUUGGAACCGUCUAUGAUGCUGUUGUCCUGUUGGCCCAUGCAUUGAACCACUCUGAGAGCCAUGGGGAUGGGCUCUCAGGGGCCCACCUAGGGGACCACAUGGGCACCCUGGAUGUAGCUGGCUAUAGCCAGAGGAUCCGGACGGAUGUGAAGGGCCGGAGGCUGGCCCAGUAUGUCAUUCUGGACACGGAUGGUCAAGGAAGCCAGCUGGUCCCCACCCACAUCUUGGACACAGGCACGUGGCAAGUGCAGCCCUUGGGCAGGGCCAUUCACUUUCCAGGAGGGGCCCCUCCAGCUCGUGACUCCAGCUGUUGGUUCGACCCCAAUAUGCUAUGCAUGAAAGACACACAGACCCUGGGCGGCCUCUUCACUCUAGUGUUGGCCUGUGUCCUGCUGCUGGCUGGGGGGGCCCUCACUUGCCUCAUCAGGUUGGGUGUCCAGCAGCUGCAGUUGGUGAGGGGCCCCCGCCGGAUCCUGCUCACAGCCCAGGAACUCACCUUCCUCCAUCAGCCCCCCAGUAGGCGGAGGCUUCACGUGGAUAGUGCAAGUGAGUCCAGAAGUGUGGGCGAUGUUGGGAGCCUGAGGUCAGGGGCCCAGGGCUCAGCCAGGAGCCUGCCAGCCCCCCAGGAGCCCACCAGCGUGGCCCUAUACCAGGGAGACUGGGUGUGGCUGAAGAAGUUUGAAGCAGGCACAGCCCCCGAGCUGCGUCCGGGUUGCCUCAGCCUCCUGAGAAAGAUGCGGGAACUUCGGCAUGAGAACGUCACCACCUGCCUGGGUUUUUUUGUGGCCCCAGGGAUCAGUGCUCUGGUGCUGGAGCACUGUGCCCGGGGCAGCCUGGAGGACUUGCUGCAGAAUGAGGCCCUGAGGCUAGACUGGACCUUCAAGGCCUCACUGCUGCUGGACUUGAUCCGAGGCAUGAGGUAUCUGCACCAUCGACAUUUCCCUCAUGGCCGCCUCAAGUCCCGGAACUGCGUAGUGGAUGGACGCUUCGUGCUGAAGGUCACUGACCAUGGCUACGCAGAGCUCCUGGACACCCAGCGUGCUGCCUACCCCCGGCCAGCCCCGGAAGAACUGCUAUGGACGGCUCCUGAACUGCUCCGAGGCCCCGGGGCCCCCGGGCAGGGCACCUUCAAAGGAGACAUCUUCAGCAUCGGCAUCAUUCUGCAGGAGGUGCUGACUCGAGGCCCUCCCUACUGCUCCUCGGCACUGUCAGCAGAAGAAAUCAUCAGGAAGGUAAUGUCCCCACCCCCGCUGUGCCGGCCGAUGGUGUCCCCGGACCACGGGCCUCCAGAGUGCAUCCAACUGAUGAGGCAGUGCUGGGAGGAGGCCCCGGAUGACAGACCGAGCAUGGAUCAGAUCUACAGCCAGUUCAAAAACAUCAAUCAAGGCAAGAAAACCAGUGUUGCUGACUCCAUGCUGCGGAUGCUGGAGAAGUAUUCCCAGAACCUGGAAGACUUGGUCCAGGAGCGGACGGAGGAGCUGGAGCUAGAGAGACAGAAGACUGAAAUGUUACUGUCACAGAUGCUUCCUCUGUCUGUGGCCGAAGCUCUGAAAAUGGGGACAACUGUGGAGCCAGAGUAUUUUGACCAGGUUACUAUAUACUUCAGUGACAUUGUGGGUUUCACCACCAUCUCAGCCCUGAGUGAGCCCAUCGAGGUGGUGGGCCUGCUCAAUGACCUCUACACGCUGUUUGAUGCUGUUCUGGGCAGCCAUGAUGUGUAUAAGGUGGAGACCAUUGGGGAUGCCUACAUGGUGGCGUCGGGGCUACCGCGGCGCAAUGGGAGCCGGCAUGCGGCUGAGAUCGCCAACAUGGCCCUGGACAUCCUCAGUUCUGUGGGUGACUUCCGGAUGAGGCAUGCGCCCGACGUGCCUGUGCGCAUCAGGGCCGGCCUGCACUCAGGGCCCUGUGUGGCAGGGGUCGUGGGUCUCACCAUGCCUCGAUACUGCCUCUUUGGGGACACUGUCAACACUGCAUCCCGGAUGGAGUCCACAGGGCUGCCUUACAGAAUUCACGUCAGCCGAAGCACAGUGCGGACGCUGCUCAGCCUCGAUGAAGGUUACGAAGUCGUCCUCAGAGGUCCGACUGAGCUGAAGGGAAAGGGCAUUGAGGAGACCUACUGGCUGGCGGGGAAGGCAGGUUUCCCCAGAGCCCUCCCCACCCCUCUGGACAUCAAGCCGGGAGACCCCUGGAAGGAACUUAUAAACCAAGAAAUCAAGGUGGCCUUUGCCAAAGCCCGCCGGGGCAGAGCUGGGAAAUCGGGCCAGGCCGGAUUUCCUCCGCGGACCUGCGGCUCCUGGAGUCACCCGCGCCGCCCCCCCGCCAACCCCGGACCUCGAGGAGCGCUGACUGCGGACUGCGGACUGCACGUGCGGCUGCCCCGUGCCAGCCCAGUUCCGGAUGAAACCAAAGCCCCGGUUGUGAAGCUGGCGCUAGGACCCCGCGGCUGCACCGAGGGGGGCGUGGUGGGGCGGGUCGGCCAGAGAGUAUUUAAAUCCGAGCGGCCCCGUGGGCAGUGA